UCCCAACUGUUGGGUUGUAUCGUAAUUGGCAUGUAUCGCUCGCGUCCCAUCCCUGCCGUCAAUUUAUCUUUAUCCCACUUUCUCUCUUUCUCUAAAGUUGAAAACCAUGCUGUCGCCAACUCCAUUCUCUCUCUUUUGUGCUCUCCUCCUUUGCUUGCCCCUUGCUAUCAUCUUCACCAUCAUCACACCUCCCACUCCCACCACCACUUCAAACACCUCCGCCACCUCAACCACCAACACCACAUCCGCCACCUCAACCACCAACACCACCGCCACCACCAACGGCGGCGCCACCGCUGCCCCAACCCCCAACACCACUACCACCACUACUAACAAAACUAGUGUCAACCCAUUACCCACAUUCACACCCACUAUCAAAACCCAAGAAAAUAUCAAAAACACCACCACCACCACUUCACCGCCGCCGGCGGCCGCAGAAGACGAUGAUGAUGAACCGCUGCUCCGACGGGCUUCCCGGGUCAACCCGAACCCAUCAACACCCAAAAAAGUAGCCUUCAUGUUCCUAACCACUACACCACUCCCUUUUGCACCUCUUUGGGAAAUCUUCUUCAACCAAACCCCCACGAACCUAUACAACAUAUACAUACACGCCGCCCCGAGUUCCCCAUACGACCCGCCGUUCUCGGGUCUGUUCGAGAACCGAGUCAUACCCGAUUCCAAACCCACUCGCCGCUUCUCCCCCACUCUCGUCUCGGCGGCGCGUCGCUUGCUCUCCCACGCGCUUCUCCACGACCCAUCAAAUUCCAUGUUUGCCCUUCUCUCCCCUUCUUGUAUCCCUCUCCACUCCUUCAAUUUCACCUACAAAAUACUAAUUCAGUCUAAGAAGAGCUUCAUUGAGAUCCUAAAAAACGAGGGCGGCGCGUACCAGCGUUGGGCGGCACGUGGGGAACAAACCAUGCUCCCGGAGCUACCCUUCCAUGAUUUUCGAAUUGGGUCCCAGUUUUUCGUAUUGACACGUAAGCACGCCAGGAUAGUAGUGAGUGACAGAAGGUUGUGGUCAAAGUUCAAGUUACCAUGCUUGGACGAGUACGCUUGUUACCCUGAGGAGCACUACUUCCCUCCACUUGUCAACAUGGAGGAUCCACGUGGAUGUGUGCCUGCUACUCUCACCCACGUGGACUGGAGGAAUCGCCACGACGGUCACCCUCGCACGUACACUGCAUCUGAAGUGGGGCCUGAUUUAAUCUUGUCGCUACGGACGGACCGGCCUAGGUACGGUGAUGAUGAAAUCAACGGCUCUGAUUCGUCUGUGAGCAGACGACAUGACCCAUUCUUGUUCGCUAGGAAGUUCUCUCCAGACUCCAUCCAGCCGUUGUUGAGAAUAGCAAAUGACGUCAUCUUCAAAGAUUAGAAUGGCAAUAUUGUAAAUUUUUAAAAAUUCGAGGUUUUUUUUUUGGGUUUAUUGGGUAAUAAUUUUGUAAAGAAAAAAGGCGGGCAAACCCGUUGCUUUGUUGGUCUUUUAUAGGAAAAAGAGGCAGACCCCACUGGCGGUGACCCCCAGGCCCAGUGGGGUGUGAUUGGUGGAUAAAUGUUUUUUUUCAGCAAGGGUGGUUUUUUAUAUUACAUAAGCUCUGAGUCACGACUCUGACUAACUCGCUUGACUGAUUCCAACUUAAGGGGUUGCUCGCGAA